AUGCCAAAAAGGCUAAGCCAGGAGGAUCACCAUGAGGCAUGCUUGUGGCAGGGCAGCCAACUCCAGGCUGAGAUCUGCGAGGCCUUCCAGGGAGUCGUGUUGUGGCUUCUGAGGCUUAAGAAUGUCUUCCACUUCUCCCAGACCACUUUUACCCUGGCCCUCACCAUCUUCAGCCACCUCCUGGUUUCGGUAAAAUAAAAGAAAUAACUCCAAUGCGUCCUAAUUACUUCCUUGAGGCUUGCUGUAAAAGUUAACGAAGAAAAGGAGAUAAUUCCGCAUGUAAAAGACUUCAUAAAAUACUAUGGCCCUGGCUAUACCUGGAAUGAGCUGCAGAGGAUGGAACUGGCUAUUCUGGACAGACUGCACUGGAACCUCUACACAGGGGUGCUGCUUGACAUCUUGAACAUAUCCCAUGCCCUAGUGGUGCUGAGCUGGCCUCCUGUGGUAGAGCUGCUGCCUCAGAGGAAUCCUUCCCUCCACGUCACAUCCCUGACCAGGCAGCUGCAGCACUGUAUGGCGGGCCACCAGCUGCUGCAAUUCAAAGGUUCCACACUGGCCUUGGUCAUCAUCACCUUAGAGUUGGAGAGGCUCAUGCCGGACUGGUGUACUCCCAUAUCUGAUCUGCUAAAGAAAGCAUAGGUCAGCACUGAGCAGUACAGCAACUGCAACAAACUCGUUAAGCAACAGCUGAGAAGUUUUUAGUUGUCCUCCUGCAUAGACAGCAUCCUAUUUCACUUGAGAAGUGUAAAGGGAACCCUCCUUUCUUGGACUCCCGUGACUUUUUUGACUUUAUGA